AUGGUUUCCGCAACGUUGGGAAUCAGUGGGGAUGCACCGAACGUUGUUUGCUGGGUACGGAGCACAGUGAGAGAUAUACAAAAAGAUUCCGUAUGUGUUGUAGGAGCCCAUAUGUCUAUGGCAGCUGACCCUUGCUCUGAAAGAGAUACCAACGACUUCUUAUCGCUCUCGUUCACGAAGGGAGUUGGUAAUUCCCAAUUGAGCAAAGUUGAAUGGAUGGAUGGAUGCGUGCGUAGAUGCCGACCUUGCUACCCGAAUGGCUGUCCCGUUUCCUCGUUUCUGAGCAGGAACGAACUCAAUUAA